AUGCGUCUGCCUCCACGCCCGGUCUAUGGCUCCUUGGAGUUGAUCGGGAACACGCCGGUAGUACAAUUGCGCCAUGUCGUGCCCGAUCAUUGCGCCCAAAUCUUCCUGAAGCUCGAAUCUGUCAACCCCACCGGCUCAUACAAGGACCGCAUGGCGAAGUCGAUGGUCGAAGAGGCCGAACUUCGGGGAGACCUGACACAUGAGAUGACGGUCGUGGAAGCCACUGGCGGGAGCACGGGGUCCUCACUCGCCUUUGUCUGUGCCGUCAAGGGCUACCGAUUCCAUGUGGUGUCGUCGAAUGCAUUUGCUGCCGAGAAGUUACGAACGAUGGAGGCUUUCGGUGCCAAUAUCGACCUGGUCCAGAGUCCCUCCGGCAGAAUCACCGCAGAUCUCAUACCCUCCAUGAUACGCCGCGCAGAAGACGUCGUGGAAGGCGAGAAUUAUUAUUUUACCAACCAGUUCAAAAACCGGGAUGCACUGAUUGGAUAUGAGACCAUUAGCCAUGAGCUACUCAAGUAG